AUGGGAAUACCUCCAGAAACCACGGCCACUUCUACUAAAGGCUCUUCCGUCUCCAUGAAGCCAGUGUCGUCCACCAAAAGCCCAUAUCAGUCCCCGCAAACCCCUGUCGCCCCCCCUGAAGCCCCUGUAGCCCCCCUUAAGACCCUGUCGCCCCCCCCUGAAGACCCUGUCGCCCCCCCUGAAGCCCCUGUCGCCCCCCCUGAAGCCCCUGUAGCCCCCCUUAAGACCCUGUCGCCCCCCCCUGAAGCCCCUGUCGCCCCCCUGAAGCCCUGUCGCCCCCCUGAAGCCCCUGUAGCCCCCCUUAAGACCCUGUCGCCCCCCCUGAAGCCCCUGUCGCCCCCCUGA